GCACUAGAAUUCUAAAUUUAUUUUCUAACGACUUAUACACCUCACACUUGUUAUGCUAAUGCAUGUGGUCUUGUUCUUUCUUUGUUCUUGUAGGUUUCUUUCAAUAUCUAUGGCAACAAAUCAGUAAGGGGUCCUCUUUUUGUUUUAUUUACAAGUUUUCGAUCGACAAACUUGAUUUUUUUAAAUUCUGAAGACUGGGUGAGCUAUUGCUAAUGUUGUGUAUUCUUCUUCACAAUUUUCACUGUAGGUCAUGAAUACAUAUAUUUGCGUAAGAAGUUUCUCUCCAAAAGCUUCUUUUAUUUUUGUGUGCUCUAUCUGUACUUCUUAAACCUAGUAACUGUAUGUCUUUGCUCACUUUUCUGUGGUAUCUAUUGCAGCUGGCAAGUUGUAUUCAUCAUACAGCCACCCGAUCGCACGUAGAUGGUUUAUACUCAUAUGCAUCGGGUUAUUUUUCCCAGCCAGAUUUGUUUUUGGAGUUCCAGUUGUGACUGCAUUUCUAAUCUACACAUGGCGCAGAAGACAUUUAUCAAUGUAUAGCACAAUAGAAGAUUUUCUGCAAUGCAAUAACAACUUCAUGCCUAUAAGGUACUCCUACUCGGACGUCAAGAAAAUGACUCGCAGAUUUAAGGACAAGUUGGGCGAAGGUGGCUUUGGCUCUGUAUUUAAGGGAAAGCUACGCAGUGGUCGAUUUGUAGCAAUCAAAGUUUUGGGCAAGCCCAAAGCUGAUGGCCAAGAUUUCAUUAGCGAAAUAGCUACAAUCGGAAGGAUUCACCAUGCCAAUGUGGUGCAACUUGUUGGAUACUGUGUUGAGGGAUCAAAACGCGCUCUAGUAUAUGACUUCAUGCCUAAUGGUUCUCUUGAUAAAUACAUUUAUUCCAAAGAAGGAAGUGUCCCCUUAACUAUCAAGAACAUGUACAAGAUUUCUCUUGGAGUGGCUCAAGGGAUCGAAUAUCUACACCAAGGUUGCGAAAUGCAAAUUCUACAUUUCGACAUCAAGCCUCAUAACAUCCUUCUUGAUGAGAACUUUAAAGCAAAGGUUUCUGACUUUGGGCUUGCAAAAUUGUAUCCUGUAGAUAAUAGCAUUGUCUCUUUGACGGCAGCACGAGGUACACUGGGAUAUAUUGCUCCUGAGUUGUUCUACAAAAAUAUUGGAGGUGUCUCAUACAAGUCAGAUGUCUAUAGUUUUGGAAUGUUGUUGAUGGAGAUGGCAAGCAGAAGGAAGAAUUUGAAUCCAACGGUAGAGCAUUCAAGCCAAAUCUACUUCCCAAUGUGGGUAUACGAUCAGUAUAUUGUGGGAAAUAACUUGGAAACGGACAAUGUUACAGAGGAGGAAAAGAAAGUAAUAAGAAGGAUGGUUAUAACCGCCUUAUGGUGUAUUCAAAUGAAACCAAGUGAUCGCCCUUCGAUGUCCAAAGUUGUCAAAAUGCUUGGAGGUGAUGUUGAAUGUCUGCAAAUGCCUCUCAGGCCUUCUCUAUGCCCCCUAGAGACGCCUGUGACAGAGGGUGAUAUUCAAGACAAUGAAUUGAACCCAAGAUGUUCUAACGCGGAGCUAACGUGUUCAUUGUCUGCUAGGUGAUGGUCAAAUGGUUAAGAAAGUGCAGUAAUGUAUUAUUAAUUAAAUUCUUGCCUUAAAGUGAUUUAGUGAAUAACUGUUGUCUGUAAUUGUUUGGCUUGGAUUCAUCUAAGAACGACUAGUGUUGGUGCGUAUACA